GAGUGGGGGUCAUUUGUCGCGGAGGGCAUCGUCGGAGCUGAGAUGACCGGAUGAGCGAUCUUAAGAUGGGCCUUAAAUCGCAGUCAUUCUGGAACAGAUCUCCCGAGUCUCUUCUAAUCCAGCAAGUUCUCUAAUUUGAGAAGAACUAAAGGAUAGAAUUCUCCUGCACAGAUAGGAAUAAUUUUUCUCAUUAGAACACACCGAGGGUAUCCUCAGCCUUCAUGAAAGCCAACAGAGAAGUGAAGCGACUUUUUGUGGGCGGCCUUGGCCAGAACAUUUCCAAAGCAGACCUACAAAAUCAGUUCAGCAGAUUUGGAGAAGUUUCUGAUGUGGAGAUCAUCACACGGAAAGAUGACAAAGGAAACCCACAGAAAGUCUUUGCAUAUAUCAACAUCAGAGUAUCAGAAGCAGACCUGCAUAAGUGUAUGUCUGUUUUAAAUAAAACAAAAUGGAAAGGUGGAACACUACAAAUUCAACUAGCAAAAGAAAGUUUUUUGCACAGACUGGCCCAAGAGAGAGAAGCAGCAAAAGCAAAGAAAGAAAAAUCAGCAAUAGGCAACACCAGUUUUUUGGAGAAGAUGGGUGUGGUGGAUUUUCAUGUGAAAGCUGUGCCAGGGACCGAAGUGCCAGGACACAAAAAUUGGGUCGUGAGUAAAUUUGGAAGAGUCUUACCAGUCCUUCACCUAAAGAAUCAACAUAAACGUAAAAUCAUGAAGUAUGACCCAUCAAAAUACUGUCACAACUUAAAGAAGAUUGGGGAUGAUGUCACAAAUGUCACCCCUGUGUCCCACCUCACUUGGGAACUGGAAGGAGGGGAUGAUCCCAUGAGUAAGAAGCGACGCGGGGAGUUCUGUGCUGCUCACAGCUCCCCUAGGAAGAGGAUCAAAAUGCAGAAGGACGAGGUGUCCGCUGCAUUUGCAGCUGCAAGAGCAAGACCCAGCAGGGUCCCGGGGAGUCCGCCACCCCCACGGCAAGGGGAGGCACAGGAAACACCCUGUGAUCCCGUUACUCCCACGCUGCACGUACCUGCUUCUCAUAGCCAGAAACUUGAAAAUGUAUUUGUCCAGACCUCUGGUGUGGGAACUACCAGGAACAGAAAUCCCAUGUCUGACGAUGAUACAGAUUCCGAAGAAGAAAUAAGACUACUGAUAGCAAGAGAGGAAAGCCUGGAGAAAACUGUGUGGUCCUCAGUAGAUGAAUCUGCAAAUGAGCCCUUUGAAGUCGUAAGGGGUGAUUUCAAACCAGAUGUUCACACGCUGCGCUCUUUCCCUGGGUUAGGUGACGCCUCCUGCCUGGCUGGUGAAGAUGAAGUCACGGGAACCGAUUGCAACUAUGAUUCAGGAGACACAGAUGAGAUCAUUGCAGCAAAGAAAAAGUCCAGUAAGGUCAAAAGCAGAACAGAAUUUUCACAAACAGAAAUGUCUGACCACAAGAAAGCUUUGAAAAAUAUAAAAAACUGGGAGCUUUCUGAUCAUUGUGUUGCAGCCCAAAAAGGAAAAACCAACAUGGAGCUAGCUGUCAGUCCUGGGGCCACAUCCCACUCCAGCAGCAGCAGAGGUGUGGGCUCUGCAUCAGAAUCCACUGGGUCUGAGGAAGAUGAGGAGUAUAGUGCCCUGAUGAAAAACUGCCUUCGUGUGAGGCUCACUUUAUCGGAUCUGGAACAGCUGGCUGGCGGUGACCUGCAGGCUCCAGGACAAGACCCAGGGAGUGGUGACCAGAAAAUCCCCGCUAAGUGUGGCCGGGCCUCUAAGAGCCAGGGGACUCCAGGUGGCCUGUGCAGAGGCCGGCAGUGUAUCCAUCCUGAGGAGAUCGUGGCCGCCCUCUUAGAAGGAGAAGAGAAUACCAAUGAAAAACAGAAACCAAAUGAAAACAGCCUGAAGCCAAAAUUCCAGGCUUUCAAGGGAGUGGGCUGUCUCUAUGGAAAGGAAUCAGUAAAAACCCUGAAAGAGAGAGUGGCCUCUGACAAUACAAAUGAAGAUCAGAAUUCCUUGAAACUUGAUCCCAGUAGCUUAUCCGUGGCAAAGGGGUCCCCAUAUGCUAAUGUCUCAUCAAGUGAACUAACUCCUCUCCAACAUGCAAAGAAGGCAAGUGACCCAAACCAAAAGCAGCCUGAAAAGAGACAGUCCACUUUUGAGAGCGAGGAUCACAAGAUGGUGUCCCCGAGCAGUUUGGAAAGCGGAAAUAGGAGUCCUACUUCUAGUCUGCUGCCGUUAAAAAGAAAAUCUUUAAGUCUUCAUGUAAAGACCUCCAAGGUUGGCUUUGAUAAAGACUGUUGCCAUGGGACCAGAAAGCCCGGAGAGGGCUCUGGAAGGAACAGCCUCCUGGCCCCUGCGGAAGCGCCAGAGGGCUCCUCCAGCAGAGCCGCUUGGGGCAGCAGCGCUGACGUCCCCCUUCCUGUGAGCAGCCGGGCUGCUGUGCGAGCUCCAGGCAAGCCUGCCGACGACAACGAGAAGCGCUUGGCCGCCUUGGAGCAAAGGUGGAGAGCGAAAGAAGCGCGGAAGCAGCUGGUCCGCGACGCCUUGGCAGAUCUGGAUGGUCGUCCAGAGGACAAGCCAACACACAUCAUCUUCGAUUCUGACAGUGACGCAGAGGAGACACCUGCUGGGGAGCAAAGCCGCCGAGGAGAGGAGCCAGUGAAAGAGGCCAGGAGUAGAGCCUCUGGGAAGCUGUUUGACAGUGAAGAUGAAGAAUCUGGCUCUGAAGAUGACAGCCACAGGUUCAGAAUUAAACCCCAGUUUGAGGGCAGAGCUGGGCGGAAGCUCAUGGACUUACAGUCUCACUUCGGCACCGACGACAGAUUCCGCAUGGACUCACGAUUUCUGGAAAGUGACAGUGAGGAGGAACAGGAAGAGGAAAACGACCGCAGAACCGCUGAGCAGGAGGAGCUUGCUGCCGAGACGCUUAAAGCCCUGAACAUUGUGCAGAGUGUUUUGCGCACCAGCCUUAGCGGUUCCACUCACAAAGGAUCAGUAGCUGCUAAGGAGUUUAAGGAUGUCAUACAUUAUGAUCCAACAAGGCAUGACCAUGCCUCUUACGAAAGGAAGACCGAUGAUAAACCAAAAGAAAGUAAAGCAAAACGGAGGAAGAAAAGGGAGGAAGCCGAGAAGCUGCCUGAGGUUUCUAAAGAAAUGUAUUAUAACGUUGCCGCGGACUUAAAAGAAAUAUUUCAAACUACGAAAGUUACCAGUGAAACAGCAGACGAGACACCCUCUAGUGAGAAUCAUCAUGGCGAGAAGGUCAAAGUCCAGAAGCCCACCACUCUGACAAAUGGGGCCGAACAGCCUGGCGGGUUCACAUUCUCUUUUUUUGAUUCGGACGCUAAAGAUGUAAAGGAAGACACCUACAGGGUUGAGACGGUGAGAACGGGGACGGUCUUCUGGCAGGGAGCCCCUCGAGUCCAAGACAGCAGUUCUGAAGAGGAGGACGUUACAGAAGAAACAGAGGACAAUGAGGCCGGCCCCGGAGAAGUAUCAGUACCUGAGAAAGAGACUACAAGAUUUUUCUUUUUUUCUAAGAAUGAUGAAAGACUUCAUGGUUGUGAUUUAUUCUGGAGAGGAGUGGGAAGUGGUAUCAGCAGGAAUUCUUGGGAGGCCAGAACAAACAACUUGCGAAUAGACUGUCGGAAGAAACAUAAAGAUGCCAAAAGGAGAGUGAAACCAAAAUAAUAAAUGUCAGCAUUGGUUUUGAUACUGAAUAUGAACAAGGCUUACCUAUGGAAAUUGAGUGAUGAAGAAAAUAAUCUUAAGUGAGAAAGAAGAAUUCAGAGUGAAGGGAUAUUCAAAAUCUGCCCGGUUGAUAUCACUGUUUGCUAUCUUUUUCUGUGGAUUUGCUUGUAUCUCUAAGUAAUUCUUCAAAAAAUGAAACCUGAACUUUUUUUUAACAAAGCACAAGAUAACCCCUCAAAAUAGUUUUUAUGUAUAAUCUCUGUGCUAUCUUCAGUAACUAAUGGGUAUCUCCUAAUUCAGGGUUUACAUAAAGUCUUUUUUAAUGUACGGGUAAGAGCACUUGUAUUUUCCACGUUAGGCUUUGUGUGAAUUACAGGCUACGUGAAAUAUUUAUUUCUGAUUGUAUAGAAUAUUCUUUACCUCCA